UAUAUCACUACCAGACCCUCUCUCUCUCUCUAUUUCUCUCUCUCUCUCUCGCACCCAAAAGCAGUGGUGGUUUCUCGAGCUCUGCUUAUCACGAGCUUCAGCCACUGCUGCUGUUGAUGCUAUGUUGCCGUGUUUCGCAGACCACCGUAGCUUAUGCAACAACUUAGUUCUGUUGCUCUUCUUCUUCAUCUUCUAUGUCCUUGUUACCACUUCCUCUGCUUGCUCCAAUGGCAGUUGUCAGGUUCUAGAUGCUUGUGCCGCGGCCAUGGACUGUGCCCCAGGUCUCUACUGUGGUAAUUGUCCUUCUUCCGGCGCUACUCAGCCAAUCUGUACCAGAGCCCAAGCAAUCAUUCCCACCACGAUUAUUAAUGGGUUGCCGUUUAAUAAGUACACAUGGCUGGUGACCCAUAAUUCGUUUAGUAACGUGAAUGCAGCCCCCGUAGCUGGUGUUCAGAGAUUGACAUUUUAUAAUCAAGAGGACACAGUGACCAACCAGUUGAAUAAUGGCGUGAGGGGACUGAUGUUGGACAUGUAUGACUUCGAGAACGAUAUCUGGCUCUGCCAUUCAUUUAGGGGCCAAUGUUUCAAUUUCACUGCCUUUCAACCUGCAAUAAAUGUAUUGAAGGAAGUGGAAGCAUUUUUAAGUGCAAACCCAACUGAGAUUGUGACAAUUAUAAUUGAGGAUUAUGUGCAUACCACAAAAGGGUUAACAAAUUUGUUUACUAUGGCUGGGUUGGACAAGUACUGGUAUCCUGUGUCCAAGAUGCCAAAAAAGGGUAACGAUUGGCCCACUGUGACCGAAAUGGUGCAAGAUAAUCACCGGCUCCUUGUUUUCACUUCUGACUCUUCAAAAGAGGCAAAAGAAGGAAUAGCAUACCAGUGGAAAUACUUCCUGGAAAAUGAGUCUGGAGAUCCUGGGGUAAAAGGCUCAUGCCCAAAUAGGAAAGAAUCGAAGCCAUUGGACUCGAAAAGUGCAUCUCUUUUCUUGCAGAAUUAUUUCCCUACAUAUCCAGUUGAAGCUGAUUCCUGCAAAGAGAAUUCAGGUCCACUUGCUGCGAUGGUUGGUACCUGUUAUAAAGCAGCAGGCAACUUAAUGCCAACCUUUUUGGCAGUAAAUUUUUACAUGAGGAGUGAUGGAGGAGGAGUCUUUGAUAUUAUAGACAGAAUGAAUGGCCAAACAUUGUGUGGAUGUAAUACUGUCACUGCUUGCCAGGCUGGCGCACCUUUUGGGUCUUGCAAGAAUGUAGCUGUUCCUAGUAGAAGUCCACCAAUCAACAACACUCCAGGAACUGGAAGCUUUACUGGAUCAGUUCAGUUCACAAGAUCUGCUUCAACUGUCAAGUCUCCCAAUCACUUGUUCUUCUUCUUAGUAUCAUUCCCACUGUUGGCAUUUUGGUUAUGACCACCACAGCCAAUACUUAUUACUACUGUUCAUUAAGGUAAAGCUUACCGAGAUUUUAGUUGAGAGCAGAAGUAAGGAUAUGGACAGCACAGGCAUUAUGAAGUAGAUAAAUUAGUGACCAAGAAAGACCCAGAAAGCACCGGUUCGGUUUCAGGGCAGGUAGUGUGGGUAGCCAGUAGCAGUCAAGGAAAUCUAUGGCACAUCAUAUGUAGAAGUACUCGUGUUUUAAAUACUAGGUUCUCUUCUUAUUUGUAUUCUAACAUUUAAUGGGUUUUGUUUCUCGUUUCUCACGUAUAACAUAGGUUAUGUUGUCUCAUGUCUGCACUUUUUUUUUACAAUAUAGAUAUACUAUGAAGUGUUGAACAAACGAUUUAUUUGAGAAUUGUGUUAUGGAAAAUGAGAAAGACAAGGAAGUUUUCAUUUUGGGCUGUCCUUGGUUCUCAUGUUUAGAAAGCUA